AUGGGAGCGCAGAACCCCGCAGCUGCUCCCCCAGGCCUGGCCCUCACCUCUCUGCUGCUGUCGCCCCUGCUGCCCUCCAGCCCAGUGACUUUGUGUGGCACUUCCCAAAAUGCGCUGCAAGGUGUCCCUGAGCCCCCUCGCGAAGAGGAUGAGAUUGUUUCCAUGGCCGACUCGACCACCACCAUUGACGACAUUGAAGGGGAGCUCUUCAAAAUUGAGAGGAUCAGGGAGAUCCUGGUGAGGAGGGAGUCAGAGCUGCGGUACAUGAUGGAUGACAUUCAGCUUUGUAAAGAAAUCAGCCGGCUGAAACAGGAGCUUCAAAAACUCAUAGCCCUUCCAGAGAACGAGAAGUCCAACGAGGAGAAGCAGAGGGAAGAGGAGCUGGUACAGCAGAUACACAAGCUGGUGGAAACGCGGGAUUUCCUGGUGGACGAUGUGGAGUUUGAGAGGCUCAGGGAAAGGGAAGAAGACAAGGAAAUGGCAGAGUUCCUGCAAAGUAAGCUCUCCAAAAGCUACCUCCAGAAAGCAACUCCUGUCAAAGAGAAGAAAAUGACUUCCAGGGGGCAGCAAACAUCCGCACCGUACAUGACCAAAACAGGCCUCACCCUGCUCAAGGAGUGCUGUGGCUUCACCUGCUCCAUCAUGUAG